AUGACUUUGGUCAUGGCUGAUGGUGAUGAUCAGAUCAUCAGAGAUGAUGGAUGGUGGUUACCGCCCACGCUACAUAAUGACUUCCUAAAUCAACUGUGUCCAGUGAAAGACAGCCAUGCCACCUCUCUAAUCAAUGUUCAUGACAAUCUCAUAGCCACAGAGUGUUGGCAUAUCCUAAUUAUGGUAGCCAUAAAACAUGACUAG